AUGGCGCAGGCCGAGGCGGGCGGGUCCUCGCUGGUGGCGUCCGUGCUGGAGGCCGCGCAGGGCUCCUCGGGCCGCCUGGAGAAGGAGGGCCUCGGCGGACACAUAUCCCGCCUCUCCGACCGCGUGGAGGAGCUCAAGGAUGAGGUUUGCCGCAUGAUCAACGAACGAUAUGUAGAGUUCCUGCCCAGCAUGCAGAACGCCGAGGAGUUAGAGUCCAAAGCAGAGGAGCUGUCCAGCAGCGUGGGCCAGUUGAAGUCUGUGAUCGAAACAGAGGUUCAGCAGGACCUUAAUGUGGCCAUUGCAGAAUUUACAGAACUGAAGCAACAGCUGGAGAGAGACUCCUUAAUUCUGGGUGUGCUAAAGCAGCUUCAGGAGUUUGAUUCUGCCCUGAAGCAGUCCAGUGCCAUGUUGCCAGAGAAGAAGUACGUCCCUGCAGCUUGCCACUUGAAAAAGGCUCAGAGGUGUCUCAAGCUGAUGGAGUCCCGUCGGGGCUUUGAGCUGAAGAUUCUGAGAGCGCUCCAUGUUGAACUUGUAGCGCAGACCGAGAACCUUCUUGGUGUUUUGGGACAGGAGUGGCAGCAGCUGGCUGUGUGGAAGCUUCCUCAGUCAAAAGAACCUGGCAGCGUGGAGUCGGCCUUGCAGACGGAGCUGCGGCUGUGCAAAGCCCUCCCUGGGGAGGACGCAGGGACCAGCCCCUCCGCUACAUCGGUGCUGCGGGGGUUUGCAAUCUUGGGCGAGCUCCACCACAGAUUUAAGGUCUUUGGACAGCUCCUGCUGAGCUACAUCCUCAAGCCAUUGAUCUGCCACCCGUCGUUGCAGUCCUUGCUGGAGGAACGGUCUGAUGUUGUCGUGCUGCGGUUGGAGUCUGUGGGCGCUCCGCCAGGCCCCCCGUCCCCCAUAGAGGUGUUCGCGAAGCUCCGGCUGGUGCUGGAGGUUCUCCACAAACACCUGUUGACUGUUCCUCUCGACCACUGUGCCGAAGAUGAGAGCAGGGCUGGGCCCAUCUUGGCCGAGGCGCUGGGCGAAGUGAUUUGGAAGGAGCUUUCUGACUGCCUCACAUCCGACUGCUUGGUGCACUCGAUUCCCAGCAGCAGCAGCAAACUGGGGCAGUACAUCGAGGUGAUUAAUGCCACGGAGCAGUUUGAGCAAGCCGUGAGAGAAAUGCAGUUUUUAAAGGAGGAUUCCACCGACCUGCUGACGUAUGCUCGCAAUGUCAACCGCCACUUCGCCGAUAAGAAGUGCCAGGACGUGAUAACGACAGCGAGGCAUUUGAUGAUGGCGGAAAUACAUGACACCGUCAAGGUCACCCCAGAGUCCUCGGUUGCCCUUCCCAAACUGCCUGACCCUGCAGCUGGCGACCACCCUGGGGCGCUGGUAUCAUCCAAAGUGCUUCCUGUCCAGGUGGGGGACCUGGAGACCAAGGCCAGGCUGAGCCCGCACACCCUUUCCUUUCCUGCCUGCUGCAUCAGCGAGUCCAUACAGAAGCUGGUGGCGCUGGCUUACCAGACGCUCGAGGAGGCUUCGGCCAGCACCGAUCAGUACAGCGCUCAGCUCUUCUACUUGGUGCGGGACAUCUUCUAUAUGUUCUGGGAUGUUGUGCCGAUGUACCAUAAGGAGAAACUCCAGAAGCUUCCCCAGCUGGCCGCGAUUCAUCACAACAACUGCUUGUACCUGGCGCACCACCUCUUGACCCUGGGCCACCAGUUCCAGGGCCGCCUCGGAGGCCUCCUGCGGGAUGGGACCGCCACUUUUGUAGACAUGGUGCCGGUCUUCAGGAGGCUCGGGGCAGAAUGUUUCCUGGCCCAGAUUCAAGUGCAAAAGGGAGAACUCUUGGAGAGACUCUCGAGCGCCAGGGAUUUCUCCACUGUGGACGACGAGGACAGCUACGCUGUGGCAAACAGAGCUGUUCGGCAGGUCGUGCAUCAGUUAAGGAGGCUUGGCAAGAUCUGGCAGGGCAUCCUUCCUGUGAACGUCUACUGCAGAGCCAUGGGGACUCUGCUGAACACCGCCCUGGCAGAGAUCAUCAGCAGAAUCCUCACCUUGGAGGAUAUCUCUGCCGAGAGCGCGGACAGGUUGUACACGCUGUGCCAGAUGCUGGUGGACGAAGGGCCCCAGGUGUUUGUGCCUCUGCCUGCACAAGACCAGAACAGGCCCUUCCAAGAAGAAAUCCCACUCUACGUACCCAAAUGGGUGAUGUUCAGGGAGCUCAUGUUGGUGUUGCAGGCCAGCCUCCAGGAAAUAACGGACCGGUGGGCUGAUGGCAAAGGGCCCCUCGCUGCUGAAUUCUCCCCUAGCGAGGUGAAGAACCUAAUCCGAGCCUUGUUCCAGAACACAGAGCGGAGGGCAGCUGCCCUGGCAAAAAUCAAAUAGCUUUAACAUCGCUUCUGUACCUGACGCGUCUUCCAGGAAGCCCAGCAGCCAGCCU